GUAGAAGACUUAUUAGCCUCUCCAGUCCUCUUCUCCUCCUCUCACUGACCAGCUUCCCUUUCUGAGAUGGAUGGGUGCUGUCUGGAAGACGAGUUCUCCAACCUCUCAGGAGCUGAAAGCCAAUCCCCCAACCUCACAGCGUUCCUCAACCUCACAAGCAACAGCACGGGGGUCCAGUCCAUCGAAGACCUCCUACUGGACAUCCUGGGGCCCAAACGCUCCCCUUUCGUCCUCGCCAUCACGCUGGUCUACCUCCUCAUCUUCCUCACCGGCUUGUCAGGCAACCUGCUCACCUGCACGGUGAUAGUCAAACACAAGAAGAUGCGCACCACCACCAACCUGUACCUGUUCAGCCUGGCGGUGUCCGACCUCAUGGUGCUCCUAUUCGGGAUGCCCCUGGAGAUCUACGACCUGUGGCAGAACUACCCCUUCCCCUUCGGCGAGGGCGGCUGCUACUUCAAGACCUUCCUGUUCGAGACGGUGUGCUUCGCCUCCAUCCUCAACGUGACGGCCCUGAGCGUGGAGCGCUACAUGGCGGUGAUUCACCCGCUGAAGACGCGCUGCCUGUCCACCAACACGCACGCCAGGCGCGUCAUCGCCGCCGUGUGGGCGGUGUCGCUCUCCUGCGCCGUUCCCAACACCCUCCUCCACGGCAUCUACUACCUGGACCUGCCCGAGAAGGUGGACGAGUCGGCCAUCUGCACCGUGCUCAAGCCCCUCUGGAUGUACAACGUGGUCGUCCAGGUGACCAUGGUGUGUUUCUAUUUCCUGCCCAUGACGCUGAUCAGCGUGCUGUACCUGAUCAUGGGCUUCAGGCUGGGCAGGGAGGAGAGCCAGCCCCGGGGGACGGGAAACUCCCAGACCAGGUGGAAGAUCCACGAGGACAGCGGACGGAGGAGGCAAGUCACCAAGAUGCUGUCGGUGGUCGUGGUUGUGUUCUGCCUCUGCUGGGCUCCCUUCCACAUCGAGCGCCUCCUCUGGAGUUCCAUCAGCAGGUGGACCGACUUCCUGCAUGGCGUCUAUGAGUGCGUCCACAUCCUGUCCGGCAUCAUGUUCUACCUCAGCUCCGCCGUCAACCCCGUCAUCUACAACCUGCUCUCCACGCGCUUCCGGGAGUGUUUCCGUGAGCUCGUCUGCACCCAGGUGGAAGAGGGCACCCCAGGGAGGGAGACCCCGUCCUUUGUCAAGAUCCAAGGUCCCCCUGGCGUGGUCCCCAGACGCCGGGUCAAGACUCAAGACUCAUCCUCUUUCAUCCCUCUGCUUUCUCCAACGGUGGCCGUGCGCGUAGACACCACAGCAGCCAUGUUCAAGGAGCAGGACUGCACUGCUUUAUAAACCGAAUCGUACAUGGGGUAUGUUGCGGACAUAAACAUACCGAUUGUACCUGCGGUGAACAUGGCUGGGAAGGGAAGUGGUUUGGUGGCUGGGGUUAAAACUCGGGG